UUUUUUAUUUUCGUUAUAUUUGACUGUCCAAUGAAUUCUAUUACGAAUAAUUAUACGUCGCUUAUGGCGGACACUUUUAGUGCUUUAGAAGUUUGGCAGAAACUUAGAGCUCACCAGCCAAGAAAUAUCGAUCACGGUAUUACUGAUCUGAUUGACCUCUUGGAUUGGAUCCAUAAAGAAUGGCGUCAUUCUGUUAAUGAUAAUGCUCGAUUGAGUAAUCUUAAUGAAAGGCUUAAUAGACAAAUUGGAAAUUUCGAGUUAGAAUUGGAUCAAGCAAGAGCGAAUAAUGGAGCAUUAGUUUCUCAACUGGCUUCUGCUAAUACAAAAAUUGGAUCACUCGAGGAAGAGCUUUUGCAAUAUAAAGAACGAUUUAAAAUUGCUCGUGCUGAAAUUCAGAAUGCUGCUUUUACAUUUCCUAUGGACACACCUAAUGAUGCUAGACAUGGUAAGCGUCGGUCCAAUUCUCUUGGAUUUAUGCCUGGAAAGAGAUCUAAACAUUUGGAUGAUUUGGGCCGUGUAAGGGAAGACGAUGAGGAUGAGAACGACCCUGCACCUUUACAAAAACCUCUGAUGCGGACGUUGAAUAGAUCUAUUUCUGAUUCACAUAUUAUGGCUGAAGAAAAGAAGGAUGUUGCUCAACUUAAAAAUCAACAAAGUUCUACAAAAUGUACAACGACAACUACUACAAGUACUAUGGAUAUACGUUCAAGUCCAAUGGCUGGUUUUUGCCCAGGAUGGACUAAAGGAAGAACUUUAGACCAGUGCACGCACAAUUUUGUUCCAACGAACAAUUUGUUUAGCGCUGCUUUUUCAUAUUGUGGUGUUUGUGCUCGAAGUUUGGGAAUACGGAGUUUGAAGUGUAAUGAUUGUAAGCUUCAAAUCCACGAGAAUUGCCGCAAUAAUUCUCCACUUCCGUGUGUUCCAAUGAUACCAACACCUCAACGUAAUAAUCCAAAACAACGUCCGCGUCUUGCUGAUCUCUGUCCAGAUUCUCAGCCACAAAUUCCUGGACAAAUAAUUCGUUGUGUUUUUGCAAUAGAGAAGAAUUAUAUUAACAAUGUUGGUCUCUAUCGUGUUCCUGGAUGUGACAGCGAAGUGAAAAAGCUCAAGGAAGCUUUUAAUUCAAAAUAUGCACCAAAAUUGGAACAACUUGAUCCAGAGACGAUUACCGGGUUUAUUAAAAAAUUUCUGCGAGAUCUUCGAGAACCAAUAAUUCCUCUUUCGUCGUUCACAGAAUUUUAUGCAGCGGUUAGUAAUAAAAAUGAAGCACAGCUGCGAACAGCUAUAGAAGAUUUGCCAGUUCCAAACCGUCACACUUUGGCCUUUUUAUGUGCUCAUUGGCAAAAAAUGCCGCUUGAGAAUUUGGCUAAAGUUUUGGGACCUACAGUUGUUGGAACAGCAUCAAAAUUGACACAUUUGCAGCAACAAGCUGGUGGUACUGAUUGUCAUUCUCAUCAUUAUAUGGAAGCAAGCAAACAAGUGGAAAUUUUAUAUGCUCUUCUAACACUUGACAAUAAUUACUGGACAGCUUUUUACAAUUGGCAACCAGGCAAUCAAGUAAUGCUUCAGAACAAUCAAGGUUAUCUUGGAAGUAGUAAUACUCCACAAGGGACUUGCGCUACAAUAAAACGACGUCCGCCAAUUAAUCAACGUUAUGGCGAGUCUGUUAAUGAACCUCAUCGGCAAAUGUAUUGA